CCGCGCGCCGCCGCCGGGGCUGCCGCCGCCAUCACGAUCCGCAGGUCACUCCGCGCCCCCGCCUCGGCGGGACGGCUGAGCUUCCGCCCGCCGCUUGCCGCCGCUGCCAUCAUGAUCCGCAGGUCACUCCGCGCCCCCGCCUCGGCGGGACGGCUGAGCUUCCGCCCGCCGCUUGCCGCCGCUGCCACCACCGCCCGCUCCGCGGUGACGGCGGUGCCGCUGGCACACGCGGAGGUGCCGGGCCGGGAGGACCUCCCGCCGCUGGUGAUGCUGCACGGCCUCUGCGGCAACCGCACCAACUUCCAGACCGUGGCCAAGACGCUGGUGCGGCGCGGCAGCGGCAAGGUGCUGACGGUGGACGCUAGGAACCACGGCAGCAGCCCCCACAGCCCGCUGAUGACUUACGAAGCCAUGAGCCUGGAUGUGCAGCACCUCCUGACGCACCUGGGCAUCACCAAGUGCAUCCUCCUAGGACACAGCAUGGGGGGCAAGACGGCAAUGACGCUGGCCUUGCAGAGGCCUGACCUGGUGGAGCGCCUCAUCUCUGUGGACAUCAGUCCUUCCAUAAGCACAUCUGUCUCUGAAUUCUCUGCCUACAUCUCUGCCAUGAAGUCUCUGAAGAUCCCGGAUGGCCUGUCCCGCUCUGCUGCCCGCCAGCUGGCAGAUGAUCAGCUGAGUUCGGUGAUCCAGCUCCCGGGGCUGAGACAGUUCCUGCUCACCAACCUGGUGGAGGUGGAGGGUCGUCAUGUCUGGAGGGUGAACCUGGAGGCAAUUUCCAACCACCUGGCAGAUAUCAUGAACUUCCCUGUCUUCCAUAAGCCAUAUCUUGGCCCUGUGCUCUUCUUGGGAGGAUCCAACUCACCCUAUAUCAGCUCCAAAGACUACCCAGAGAUCCAGCGCCUCUUCCCCAGGGCUGAUAUCCAGUACAUUGAAGGUGCAGGCCACAUAGUCCACCAGGAUAAAUUUGAAGAGUUCAUCACUGCUGUCUCCAAGUUCCUGCUACAACCUUAGUGCUGAGGUCUCUGCAAGCACAAUGUGGGAGCGAGCUGAGAAGCUCCAGGCAGUGAUGUGAAGCUCAGACUGGACCAGCUGACCAUAUUGCUACCCAGUCCUGCCUGUGAGGCUUUCUCCCACCCCAGGUCACCUGGAGCCAGAGCAGAGAGGCUCUUUCAUCCUGCUGAGCAUUCCCGCUACCUCACAGGGUGGCACUGACCCAAGGCAAUGUCCUGCCUGCAUCUGGAAGGCAGGGAGGGGACAGAAAAACCCUCUCACUCUCCAGACCACUUGCUGGUGAAUCUGGCUAUGACUUUGCAGAAUUUAAAUAAAGGUGAAUUCAUGCCAAGGCAGAAAA